AUGGGAUCUACAGGUGCCACUUCUGGGCACUUAACAAGUGUAUUAAGUGCUACCACUCAUACAGUACUGCCUCAAUGGACGAAUAUUAUUCUAAUGUCCUCCUUGAUUUUUGGUGGCUGUUGCGCCAAUGUGAGUAUGUGCCCAGGUUUCUCUAACAUCUUCGCUCAAGGUCCUCUGAUAACGUUUGCGCAGUUUCUUCUAACUGCAGUCUUCACGGUUCCAGGCUUUCUCUCUGUGUCAGCGGGACCGCGUUCACUAUAUCUUAGUCCACGUGCCAUUCCACUAAGAUCAUGGAUAGUCUACACGGCUUUUUUCGUUACAGUCAAUCUUCUCAACAACUGGGCCUUUGCAUACAAGAUUUCAGUCCCGUUGCACAUUAUUCUAAGAUCCGGGGGGCCAGUAGCGUCUAUGAUUAUCGGUUACUUGUUUAAUGCUAAGAGAUAUUCGCGAGGGCAAAUACUUGCGGUUCUAUUGCUUACUUUGGGUGUGGUCACUGCUGCUUUGGCAGAUGCCAAGGCUAAGGGCCAAUCUAUGAAUGUUGAGAGCACUUCUGCAACCACGACAUUGGUUGGAUUCACCAUCCUUGCUCUAGCGAUGAUACUCUCGGCUUUCCAGGGGAUAUAUGCGGACAGGCUCUACGAAAAGUACGGCCGAGACCACUGGAAAGAAGCUCUGUUCUACUCUCACACCCUAUCACUACCGCUGUUUCUACCUGCUUAUGCACAACUUGCGAGCCAUCUAUCGGGGCAGAAUCCGAUUUUGAAAGAUACUUUUCAAUUACACUCAAUCUUCACGUGUGUUCCAACACGCGUAAUCUACCUUUUGAUUAAUGCACUGACGCAGUACUUGUGCAUACGAGGAGUCCACCUCCUCUCUGCAAAAUCGUCUUCUUUGACUGUCACCGUUGUUCUGAAUAUUCGGAAGCUUGUUUCCCUCCUCCUCUCCAUCUAUCUGUUUGGGAAUGCCCUUUCACCGGGUGUGCUCAUGGGCGCGUUGUUUGUUUUCAUUGGCGGCGCCUUAUAUGGCUUUGAGGGUGCGCGCCCCAGGGUGAAAUCUGCUAAAAAUGAUUAA